GGUUUGCUGACGUCACUGAAGCGCCCUUGCUGGCUCGAGUGAGCUGCUGGCAAAAAAGAUGGCAAAAUCUGAUAGGCAGCUGUCGAGCUACUAUAGAAUCUAAAAUCCAAUAAUGUUGCCAUUGAAUGCCUAUUGUGUAAUUGUUUAGCGUCACCCAGCAUAUUAUAGAUGCGAACAGACGACAAAAAGGUAGUUUAUCGCAGAGGUUUUCACCACUGGCUAUUGUGUUAGUAGCGAGGUGAAAAAAAGAAGAGAGCUUCUGCUGGCUUGACCACGUAGAUGGAAGAUACCAGCCUCCAUAUGUCACACUGAACAUAUGUUGACGGGAAUGAAAGAUCGACGUCAAAUUUAGCAAAGGAGGAUCUGCAAGCUCCUGUUGGAAACUCAAUAUCUGCAUAUGCCGCAUACCAGUGAAAGUGGAGAGAAUUCAUCCAAUAUGAACAUUGUGCCUUCUGCCUUCAGCUAAGCAACCACAAUCACAAGCACAAAUCAGCGUGAUCAUCAGCACACUUCUGAAGCUACCAACCCUACUUUUGCUGCUUCCUUUGAGUAUUUUGUUCAGAACAUGUAUGGUAGCGCCCGCUCGGUCGGCAGAGGAGAUGCCAACCACAGUGGAGGCAGGGAUGCAGGCGGGGUCAGUAAUCAGGGAUCAGGACGCUCCCCUCGCCUCCCUCGCUCCCCCCGCAUGGGCCACCGUCGCACUAACAGCACUGGGGGCAGUGGAGGAGGUCCCGGAGGUGCGGGGGGCAAGACACUUUCGAUGGAGAACAUCCAGUCCCUCAAUGCAGCAUAUGCCACCUCUGGACCGAUGUACCUGAGCGACAAUGAGGUGGCCAUGGGUGAGCACCUCCCCAAAAGUGUAGGUGGGGCCGUGACCACCAUGGGACGGCAGCGGGUGACCUACGGAUCGAGGAGUGGCGGCGGUGGCGGCGUGGUGGCGGCGAGCACACCCAACAUCUCCACCUCAGUGCCUUCGAGCACGGUACUGCCUGUUGGCCUGAUGACAAGCGAGGGUUUGGCUUUUGGGGACCACCACAUGGCAUCCACGGUACCCUAUUCUUUAAGGCAGGCGAGGGACAACACAAUACUUGACCUUCAGGCCCAACUCAAAGAGGUUCUACGGGAAAACGAAUUAUUGCGGCGGGAAGUGGAAGUCAAAGAAAGCAAGUUGAGCUCAUCCAUGAAUUCCAUCAAGACAUUUUGGAGUCCAGAGCUGAAAAAGGAGCGAGCGCUCCGCAAAGAUGAGGUGUCAAAGAUCUCUGUGUGGAAGGAACAAUACCGCGUGAUUCAAGACGAAGCUCAGCACCUCCAGAUGACUGUGCAGGCGCUCCAGGAUGAGCUAAGGAUCCAGCGGGACCUUAACCAGCUGCUCCAGCAAGACCCUGCAAUCCAAGGUCGGGAUCUGACCCUGGCGUCAGAACUGACUGAGGAGAACUUUAGGCGACUGCAUUGUGAGCACGACAGGCAGGCCAAGGAGCUUUUUCUCCUUCGGAAAACCUUGGAGGAGAUGGAGCUGAGAAUUGACACGCAGAAGCAAACUCUGGGGGCCCGAGAUGAAUCCAUCAAGAAACUCCUCGAGAUGUUGCAAAGCAGAGGUCCAUCUGCUAAGGCUUCAGAGGAGGACCAGGAGCGCACCAGGAGACUGGCCGAUGCAGAGAUGCACCGCCAUCACCUGGAAAGUUUAUUGGAUCAGCGAGACAGAGAAAUAACUGCGUUAAGAGAAGAGCUGCAUCGUAGAUAUGAAGGAACACCGGAAUCCACCAAAACGAAGGCUCUACAAACAGUGAUUGACAUGAAGGAUGCAAAGAUCAACUCAAUGGAACGAAGCCUCAGGGACAUGGAGGAGGAGCUGCUCUUGAUGAAGUCUAAUGGACUUCUGAGCUGUGAGGAGCGUCAGGAGGAGAUGAAGCAAAUGGAGGUUUACCGCAGCCACACCAAGUUCAUGAAGAGCAAGAUGGACCAGGUGAAGCAGGACCUCUCUAGGAAGGACACUGAGCUGCUCGGCCUGCAGACGAAGUUGGAGACGCUCACCAACCAGUUUUCAGACAGCAAACAGCACAUUGAAGUUCUCAAGGAGUCGCUUACUGCCAAGGAACAAAGGGCUGCCAUUUUACAGACGGAGGUGGAUGCCUUGCGCCUGCGCUUGGAAGAGAAGGAGGCCACUCUGAAUAAGAAGAGCAAGCAGAUCCAAGAAGUGUCCGAAGAGAAAGGCACGCUCAGCGGAGAGAUCCAUGACCUAAAGGACAUGCUUGAAGUGAAGGAGCGCAAAGUCAACGUUCUUCAGAAGAAGAUUGAGAACCUGCAGGAGCAGCUGAGGGACAAGGAAAAGCAAAUGAGCAACCUAAAGGAGAGGGUUAAGUCUUUGCAGGCUGACACAUCCAACACAGAUACCGCCCUCACCACUCUGGAGGAGUCUCUUGCUGAAAAGGAACGAAUCAUAGAACGACUUAAGGAGCAGCGAGACAGAGAUGACCGAGAGAAGACGGAGGAGCUGGAGUGCACCAAGAAAGAACUUAAAGAAUUGAAGGAGAGGCUGAGCUUACUGCAAGGAGACCUGUCAGACAGAGAGACGUCUAUUUUGGACCUGAAGGAGCAUGCGUCAUCGCUGGCCUCCUCUGGCCUGAAAAAGGACUCCAAACUUAAAAGUCUGGAGAUCGCCCUUGAGCAGAAGAGAGAGGAGUGUCUCAAACUGGAUAACCACCUUAAGAGAGCUCAGAAUGAAGCUCUGGAGGCUCAGGCCAACACUGAGCUGGCAGAGCGCAUUAAGAGCCUGGAACAGGAAGUUGCCCGCCACAAAGAGGAUUCUGGGAAAGCACAAGCCGAGGUAGACCGCCUGCUAGAGAUCCUCCGGGAAAUGGAAAAUGAGAAAAAUGACAAAGACAAGAAGAUCACCGAGCUGGAGGGUUUGGCCUCCAGGCAGAUGAAAGACCAGACAAUGAAGGUGGCAUCUCUGAAGCACAAGGAGCAGGUGGAGAAAAGCAAAAAUGCCCGACUGAUGGAGGAGGCCAAGAAGCGUGAGGAUAACAUGUCUGAGAGCUCGCUGCAGGUGAAGGACUCUUUGCGUCAGAAGUCGGAGCGCAUCGAGGAGCUGGAGGAGGCCUUGAGAGAGAGUGUUCAGAUCACCGCGGAGCGAGAGAUGGUGCUGGCCCAGGAGGAGGCUGCCAGGUCCCUGCAGGAGAAACGGAAGUACUCAGUCAAUGCAAUGCAUGAGUCCAACCUCGCCCACUUAACGCGGUCUAAGAUGGAGGAGCUGUUAGGGGCCAUGGAGAAGGUGAAGCAAGAGUUAGAAUCCAUGCGCGCCAAACUGUCCUCCACCCAGCAGUCUCUCUGCGAAAAGGAAGCCCACCUCACCACCCUGCGAGCCGAGCGCAGAAAGCACCUGGAGGAGGUGCUUGAGAUGAAGCAGGAGGCACUGUUGGCGGCCAUCAGUGAGAAGGAUGCAAAUAUUGCCCUGCUGGAGUUGUCGUCCUCCAAGAAGAAAAAGACCCAGGACGAAGUGUCUUUGUUGAAACGAGAGAAAGAUCGACUGGUGCAACAGCUCAAGCAGCAGACUCAGAACCGCAUGAAGUUGAUGGCUGACAACUAUGAGGACGAGCACCUGAAGACAGCCCCCGACCAGACAAACCACAAGCCCUCCCCAGACCAGAUGAUUACCCCUGUUGUAGCCCUGUGCCAGAACCGCAGCAAGCUCAAGCUCUACAUCGCCCAUUUGACCGACCUCUGUUACGACCGCGACCCGAGCAUCCUCAGCCAGCACACGCCGCCCGCCCACUACCACCGCAGCGAACCGGAUAACUGGGAGGAGGAGCUCCUGAAGAUGCCGGUGGAACAGUUGGAGAAGGAGCUGGAGCUGUGCGAAAAGGAGAGCAGUGAGCUGCAGGAGUACGCCAACUGUGUCCUGCAGCAAAUCGCCGACUGCUGCCCUGACAUCUUGGAGCAGGUUGUCAAUGCUCUGGAGGAGUCGUGCUGACCCAUGGGAGCGGCCCAGGUUUGGUCCUCACAACCGCCCCCGUCAAUUUCACCUCCAACAUUUACAAAGCUCUCCCCACGGGGUUACUAACCGGAGGUUUCUUCCCAAAACUAACUUGAAAGUGCUUUCCUGUCCCAUUUUGAAGGCAUUUUAUUCGUAAUUGAACUGUCAGACACAAGUCAAAGAGCACAAUAUUUAACAUGACACAACAUUAUUGCACAUUUGGAGGAUACAGUCGAACUUUUACAGUCAAACACAUGAAUUUUCCAUUGCACUUGAGCUCAUUUGGGUGGCAUGUAACUGGAGCCUCUCUUCGCUGCUUUUGGGUGGAGAGAAGGGUACACCCUCAUUGGUCGCCAGCCAAUGGCAGAGCACUUAGAGGCAAACAAGCAUUAACACUCACAUUCAUACAAUCUUCAAAGCCGUGGAUUUUCAGGAUUAGAUCUUUUGGGACUUGUCAAGCUCAGGGCCAUAAAGAGGGGUCCUCCUCUGAAGUUCUUUUAAAGGAGACUAUAAUUCAUUUUCGCUCCCACCCCCAAUUUAAAAGUUUCCUAAUAAAAGCUCCGUUAUGUUCUUUCAUCAAAAUACAUAACUGUCAAAGACAGCACAGUGUCACGUCCUAGUUGAAAACGCCAAGUAUGGUUUCCGUUACCAUGAUGGCCAAGGUCAGUGUUCGGGCAUAUAAGGAAGUCAGCAGCUACUCGGUGUUGCUAAUUUGGGGGACAAUUCUAAACCCCAUUGUCUACUUUUUUGCCAAAUGACUUGGUGAGAAAGGAUGUACAAUUUUGGACAGGAAACCUCAAUUUACAUUUUCAUUUAGGAAAACAAAAUUCACAUUGUAUUACUUUUUUUUCUGGAACGGAUAUUGACUUUUGAAUUCAUUUCAUUGGGAAAAUUUGAUUUUAUAGUCGAGUCAAUUGAGUACCAAAUUUGGAAUUCGACUCAGGAGUAGAGAGACUGAGGGAGGGGCAAAUAAAGUAUUUUUACUCUGUUAAUCUGUCUAUGGUUUUGCACAUUUGUUAUGAGGUAUGCAAAGUUUCUUUUGAGAACGUUUUAGUGGCCUUGGAGCAUGUAUGGGAAGUUGGGAAGUGGGGCAGUUGUGGACCACGCCCAGGGAUGUCCCCCCCCCCCCCCCCCCCCCCCGCUGUACUAUUGGUGCUAUCAAGGCAUGAUGUAAGAAUUUGUCACCGUGGUCUGUUUGGCGUCGAUCGCAAGUUCCUAAUGGAUGUUAGAAGGCCCAAAAUGUUCAAUUGGCCAAAUGCAACAAAAAGUAAGCAAUGGCUCCCUAAUUUCGUUCAGUGUUCUCUUCAGGGCUCUUUCAAUUUGACUUUUUAACAUCAGUUUGUAAAUAAAGUGAUAUUUAACAUGUGCUGUGACUGAAUUGAGAUAAGUGGGCCAUGUCGUGCAUUAUUUUUGGAGGUUUUAAAAAGAACAAAAAAUAUAAAACAGUGCGGUUUACUUUUGUCACAGAGACAAAAUGUGCGUGUGAGUUCUGCUAACUAAAGUCUGCAGAAUCAUCUAUAGAAAUAUAUGAAUAUAAGUGCAUAGAUAUGUAAAAUGUUAACUGUAUGGCUGUACAUUGAAUGUUUGCACAGAAUCCCGAGGAAUGAGCGGCUCCGGACAGAAAGUUGUGCGUCACUAAGGAAAAGAACAUGUAUCCAAAUCAUGUGAUUGCGUGAUGGGGAGAGAGUGCUGUUUGGUGUUGUUUUGAACAUUUCGUGUUGAUUGUCAGUGAGUUCCAUAUAAGUCAAGUCAAGUCAACAGUAUUUAUAGAGCACUUUCAAACAGCCAUCGCUGCAUACAAAGUGCUGUACAUGGAGUGAUUUAACAUGCACAAUAAACAGUAAGACAAAUCGGUAACAAAGGCUGUAGAAAGCACCAAACAGUAAAACCAAGAACAAAACUAAGUCAUGCUGAGUCGAAUGCCAAAGAAUACAAGUGAGUUUUGAUGAGGGUUUUGAAGAUGGGCAGCGAGGAGGCUUGCCGAAUGUUCAGUGGGAGGUCAUUCCAGAGAGAGGCACCUGCAACAGAAAAGGCUCGAUCCCCUCUGAGCCUCAGUUUAGUUCUUGGUACUUCUAACAAAGACUGGUCCACAGACCUGAGGCGCCGGCAGGUGUGUAGGGGCGGAUGAGCUCAGAGAGGUAAGGUGGCGCGAGAUUAUUCAGAGAUUUGAAAACAAAGAGGCGGAUCUUGAAAAUAACUCUAAAAUGAAUGCGGAGCCAAUGAAGGGAUGCCAGAGUAGGAGUUAUAUGCUCCCUCUUACGAGUACCAGUCAAGAGGCGAGCAGCGGCAUUCUGGACCAGCUGAAGGCGCUUAAUGGAGGACUGGCUGACUCCAAAGUACAGGGCAUUGCAGUAAUCCAGCCGGGAUGUGACAAAGGCAUGAAUUACUGUCUCAAAGUGUUCAUGUGAGAGGAAAGGUUUUAUUUUGGCCAGCUGUCUAAGGUGAAAGAAGCUGGAUUUAACAACGGCACCAAUUUGCCGAUCGAGUUUGAAAUCACUGUCCAGUUUAAGGCCCAAUAUAAUAUAAUAUAAGCCUGACAUUACAAUGUUAAGCUAUUUUCAGUUACAAUGGCACCUCCAAAGUCCCAGUGUCUCCAAAGGUUCUACAGUUUGGACUUCAAACCAAACCAUUGUGUACCUUUGGCUAUUUUUGUAGGGCUGCAACAAUUAAUUGAAUAACUUCAAUAAUUUGAUUACAUUUAACAACAAAAAAAGACAAAAUAUCUGCUUUGGCAUUUCAUACACGUGCUGCUGAUAGCAAAAACUUACCGAGUCACGCAAACAGAGACUCGCGAACUUCACUCUCAUUCACUGACAUCCACUCACUCACCAGGCUAGUACCCACCUUUUAAAGCUGCAUACACUCUAAAGUCUCAGAUAUUACUUGAUGUCAGCACUCCCCAAGUAAACAAAAAUACCGCAAUACCUGCACAUUACCGUGUUUGAUCAAGCGAAAUCAAUUUUUAGACAAUUAUUCAAUUGAUGAUGAUCAGUUGAAUACGUGAUCCUAAAAUUAUUCAACAGCUGUAGUCCUUUAUAGAAAAGACGCAGUCAUGAAAUGUAAGCACAGGAAUAGAAAUUAAACUUAGGUUAUGCAAUUCCUUUACAUUAGUUUUACUUUUGCUGUAACCAAUCCCACUCCAAGUAAAGACAUGCUGAUAUUAUAAUACUCAUGAUCACAGUAAUUUGUAGCUUGGUCAAGAUUUUCUUCUGGGGAAAAAACAUUUUCACUGUUGGACUUUGCCGGUCCCUCGGUACUGUACUCUAUGGGAGGCUUGGGGAGAAAGUACAACUCCAGCCUAGGGAACAUUUGGCCGCCACAACGACCAAAUGUGAGUACGUGUUUACUUUCCGUUCAGCGUGUGUGCGUAUCCUUGCAUUUGCCUUAAUGUCUCGUCUCAUCUCUUAAGUCUGUUGAGGAAUUCAAGUGACUUUAUUUUUCAAUUUUGUAUUAUUCAGAAUUCCUUUGUUUUGGCAUUUGUAAAAGAAACAUGUUCAGCCUUGGAUGUGUUGCAAAAAAACAAAACAAAAACCCGACCAUGUUUGUGAGGUGUUUGGAUUUUGUAUGUAUGUAAAUAAAUAAAUUAUAAGCCUUA